AAAUAAAAAUAGAUCUUGAGAUUUUUACAUCAAUCAUAGUCUGCCAAUACUUUAAUUAUUAAGUAGUACAUGAUAAUAAUGUAGACUUUUUAUUUUUUUUAUUUUAUUUCUUUAGAGUCUUUUAAAUCUCCUUUUCCAUCUCUCUCAUUUUGUGGUCUAGACUCCUCCCACCAUUUCCAUUCCCUAACAACCUCAAAACACACACACACACACACACUAUCAUUAUACUAUGAUUGAAUGAAAUCUCUUAACUAUGUUGUUUCAUAACAAACUUCACCUCCAUUAAUAUUAAUCACAUAAAAUCAAAUAUUCCUACACACAAUUAAUUCCUUACCAUGUUGAAUAAUAAUCCAAAUAUUUCCACUAGCCAUGUAUCACAUGAAAACCAAGAAGAUGAACAAAUAACUGAAAUAAGAGAAAUCCAUGCCUUAACACCACCUAGACUUCCACCACCACCUCAACCACAAACCAACCGCGGCAGCGGCAGCAGCCAUAGCCAUCGUUCAUCUUCGCUAUCAACUACAAGCACCGAUAGCGAAAACUUCACAACUAUAAGCAGAGAAUUCAAUGCUCUUGUUCUAGCAGGAUCAACUAUUGAUCACAAUAACAUAAGUCCUCAUGAAUAUGAAACAAGUAACAACAAUAACUUAGGGAGGAUUAGAGAAGAUGAUCAUAUGAUGGAAGAAACAAACCCUUUAGCUAUUGUUGUAGAUAACAAUCCUUUAGAUCCUAUUCCAUCUUCUGCUAGCCGACGAAAUAUCGAUGGUGGUGGACGUACUCGUGUUGGUGGUCAAGGUGGAAGCGAAGAACAUGCGUCGGUUGAUAGAGUGAAGAAAGAGGAAGUUGAUGCAAAGAUUUCAGCUUGGCAGAAUGCUAAAGUUGCUAAGAUUAAUAAUAGGUUUAAGAGAGAAGAUGCUGUUAUUAAUGGUUGGGAGAGUGAACAGGUUCAGAAAGCUACUUCAUGGAUGAAAAAAAUUGAGAGAAAGCUGGAGGAGAAAAGAGCAAGAGCAUUGGAGAAAACACAAAACAAGGUAGCAAAAGCUCAUAGAAAAGCAGAGGAGAGGAAAGCAUCAGCUGAGGCAAAAAGAGGAACUAAAGUGGCUAGAGUUCUUGAGAUUGCUAACCUUAUGAGAGCAGUUGGAAGACCUCCUGCCAAAAAAUCUUUCUUCUAAGUUAGUUUCAUCAUAUUUUAAUUUUGAAAACACAUUUUUAUUUUAGACACAAAAAGGAAAAGUAAAAAAAAUAAAACAACUUUUCCUUUUAAAUUAGUUAAAGAGUGCAUGAGUGAUUGCAAUGAGAAGUAUAUAAAAAUAGGAAGAUAAGUAUCAUAAAGAACCAAUUAAAGUGUUUAUAUGUGAUUGGUUAGUGUUUUGAUUAUGGUGAGUAUUGAGUGGUGACAUGCUUGUUUGUUUGAUUGUGGUUGUUAAACACUUUGGUGUUUUGUACAUUACUUUAAUUUAAUACUUUUUGGAAAGCAUUUCCUUCCAUCA